AGCACGUCAUUUACAAAUCUAGGGGUUUAAAAAAUACAGACAAAACCAAAUACCCAUAUAUUGACGAGAACUAUUUUCAUUCACUACGGGUUUUAAGUGCCUGCCCAUUUCUGAAUUUCUAAACUUUACACUGAGGUAAUAAAGUGUUUCUGCAAACCGUGUCCAACCUCCUUAAACUGUCCGAUUUAAUGAAUUCACAGCUCUAUAAUAGGCUCUGGGGUCCAUUUGACUCACUGAUGCGACUGACGGGAAACGGAUCUUGUUUCCAGCCCGAGCCUAGAGCAAAGCACAUUCAUUAAAGCGCUAUUCACAAGGUGGUGGUGAGUGGGCUGGGGGAGGAGCUUGCUGAGAGGCGGGCUGCGGGCAGAACGAUGGGAUGAUGUAUUGCCCAGUUUAUCUGGAGCAACCUUUCGGCGACAGAAGUCUGGGCUGGAUUUAAGCUUGAGAGUUCGCUCGUUUCCUAGGAUUUCUCACCACUCUGUUCCACUCUCAAACAUCGAGUCUCCUACUGCUGUGUGUGUUCGCUCAGAGCCAAAAGUUUCUCGAAAUCUUGGAAAUGUGCAGCAAAACUUUGUAGGCACUUUGAAGCCAGUAAGGGGCUGGCGACUGUUGACCCUCGAGAGUGGGGGGACGGGAGAUGGCUGUGCAAGCUGCCGUCAUGAACCCUCACUUCAUCCAUUUCUGUUUCCCCGGCUCCUCGAUGGAAUAUGAGCUGGAAAGUGCUUACAACGGGGCCCUCUUGGGAGAGAUGGAGAGCGCCGGCGAGCUCAAGGAGACUACCAGCGCCCUGCUCAGUUUCAUAGACUCAGCUUCCAGCAACAUUAAACUGGCUUUGGACAAGCCGGUCAAAUCGAAGAGGAAAGUCAACCACAGAAAGUACUUGCAGAAACAAAUCAAGCGCUGCACAGGGAUGAUCUCCGCAAGUGGUAGCGGCGCAGGACCUGGAUUGGAGGCAGGCGGCAAGAGGCAGGCUUCUCCCCCAUCCUCCACUUCCUCCUCCUCCUCCACCGGCCACUUCCAGUGCAAACCUCCGCCGAAGAAGGACGGAUCGCAGUCCAGCCUUCAGAGCAAGUCUCUGGCGGCCCUCUUCGACUCGGUGAGGGACCUGCAGCGCUCAGCGGCCGGCGGCAGCAGCAAGAAGGUGCCAUUGAGGAAUCGUAACUUGCCGCCGUCCUUCUUCACCGAGCCAGCCAACAUUAAAAUCACCUCCACCUCGGGCAUGUCUCUGAAGGACCUGGAGAGGGGCAAUCCAGAGGCUGCGGAGUUCUUCGAGUUGCUCGGGCCGGAUUACAGCAACAUGAUCUCGGGGCAGGAGCCAUUCCCCGGGCGGAUCCCGCAGCAGGGUAGUUGCCAACUCGGAGCCCACGACUCGUACCGCAGCUGCAGCGCCAGCUUCUCUCACUUCCCAGAGCCCUGGCUCCAGUGCACCCCCUCGAAAAAGAGCCCUCCCGCGGGUUGGAGCCUUGCCGGCCCCGAAAGCGCCCGGACGGCGAGCGGACUCACGUCGUUGUACAGCAGCCAGCCGACGAACCGCUCGCCCAUGGAGGAGCCGCCCGCAGGUUUAGCAGCCUUUUCGCAGUUCUUCCCCGAAUACUCGCUGCCUCCCGUCUCUUAUGAGUACAGUCCGGGAUUUAAUUGCGGCAGACAAACCUUCCCGGGCCUUUAAUUCUCUUUUUGAAACACUGCAUACGACCUUUGAACUUUUGUAUAUGUCCAGGUGAACUCGAAAGUUUGUCAAAGGGUCCUAUUGUACUUCUGAACACGAGAGGCGAAUACCCAAGCUCCGCACGACAAUGGAGAGAGCCACUGCGGGCUUAAUACACUACACAAGGGAAACGCACAGACACGCGCGUUACAUGGAAUGCACCAAAGAUAGGAAGUAUCUUGGUUGCUUAAUUUCUUUAAGGUCAAACAUAAUGAUCCGUUCGUUACCAUUCUAUGUUAACCUAGUUCAGAAAAGCGAGUAUUAAGUGUAAUAAAGUUGGCUCUGAUUUUGUAUAAACCUUGUGCUGAAGUGCAAAACGGGUCAUUUCAACUGCCAAUGUUGCAUGAAACUCAGAAGGAAAAACUCAGAUGGGCACUGCCCUUCAAACGCCGUGUAGAUGCAAUUGCACUUUGUGGAUUUGAAAGAUUUGACCAAGUAAAUCUGUAUUGAUCGAGCAAACAGUUGUGUACGUGACAACGGACGGCAAGUCCCGCAUUGUAAUAAGCUCUAUUAUAAUCAAAAUUUGACUGAAAUGAUAUAAAUUUGAACGCAUAUACCAAAACAUUGGGGAGCUAAAUACUACAUACCGAAAUUGUGUAAAGGGCAGUAAGAUCAUACGACAAGGUUAACACUGAACCAUAAUGGCAUGUAGCUUUGAAACAUGUAAACAUUUCUUCAUUGUUAUUUAUAGUCUGAAGGACAGACUGUGUUAAUGCUGAGUGUCCGCAUUAGUGCUUAGCCUAUUUCUUGGUUUUCAUUUUAUAAAGCUGUAUUCCUGAUACCCUGCUGACGAUAAUAUUAGUUUGCCGAUUUUGUCUUUGUUCAUUUCCCAAAGAGACGAACAACUUUGUCAACAACUGCCCACCGCGAUGUUCAUCUUCUAGUACGUGCUGUGAUACGUGUUUUAGUGUCCUGCCUGUUUAGAAACCACUUCAUCCGUGAGUUGUAUUACGAGAAAGGUACCAGUUGCAGCUACCUCUCGAAUUUAAGGUCAACAGACAAAAUAAAGCUGG